GACAGGGCGGGAGUAAUGGCUUACUAUAGCUGUGACUCGCUUUAACCGUUAAUGACAGAGCGAGUUUGUCGAGACUCGGGCUGCAGAGUUGAGCGACUGGAGAGACUGCUACAGGAGGGACAUGGAGGUGUAGAGGGAAGUCUGAGGAAUAUUUAUACACUUCAGCUGUAUUCAGUACUGUUCAGGGCGCUGAAAGAGGGAGAGCUAGAGGGAGAGAUAAGGGGGUGAGUGGCAGAUCCUGAUUGGAGUUGACAGGCUCCACUCUUCCAGCCCCUUUUUCUCCCAAACCAGGAAAUUGAGUUUGUACUCCGAGGCGAGAAACCCGUUCAGCCCUUCGGAGGCAGGAUAGAUGAGGAAGUGCUCGUUAUCGGCACUGUUUUGUUCACUUUUCUCGCUUUGGGACUCGGAGCAGCGCAGAGCAGCUGAACAAUGAGUGAGCUGAGUGUAUGUAACGCGAGGGCCACGGUGAUGGUGUACGAUGAAGCUGGGAAGCGCUGGGUGGCGGCUGGCACCGGCCCUCAGACCUUCAGUCGUGUCCAGAUCUACCACAACCCCACCACCAACAGCUUCAGGGUAGUGGGGAGGAAGAUGCAGCCUGACCAGCAGGUGGUGAUGAACUGUCCGAUCGUGAAAGGGCUGAAAUACAAUCAGGCCACGGCCAAUUUCCAUCAGUGGCGAGAUGCACGGCAAGUUUGGGGUCUAAACUUCGGCAGUAAAGAGGAUGCCGCACUCUUCGCCAAUGGCAUGAUGCAUGCACUGGAAGUGCUCAGUGCUGAUGGAGGAUAUUCUCCAGGUCCCCGUCUGGUGUCAAAUGGACCAACCCAAGAGGAGCUGGAGCAGCAAAGAAGAUUGGAACAACAGAGACUGGAGCAACAGGAGAGAGAAAGACAGGAAAGAGAAAGGCAGGAGAGAGAAAGACAGGAGAGAGAGCGACAGGCUGCUUCAGUGAUGGCUCCUCCUGCUCCUCCUCUUGCCCCCGGUGGCCCACCAGCUCCCCCUGCUCCACCUCCUCCACCCGGCCCCCCUCCGUCUGGUGGAGGCGGACCCCCACCACCACCAGGACCACCACCUUCUGGUGGAGGUGCACCUCCACCUCCAGCACCACCCCUUCCCUCUGCCUCAGGUGGGGGAGGUGGAGGAGGAGGAGGAGGAGGACUUGCCGCUGCUCUUGCAGGAGCAAAACUACGCAAAGUCGCCAAGCAGGAUGAAGGUGGUACUGCAGCUCCUUCUGCUCCUGCUCCUGCUCCUGCUCCUGCUAAACCUGACUUGAGCCGCAGUAGUGGGUCUGGGCCGAGUGGAGGAGGUGGAGACCUGAUGGGAGAGAUGAGUGCUAUACUUGCACGACGGAGGAAAGCAGCGGAUAAAGGCGAGAAAGCUCCUCCGGCCCCAAAGACAGAAGAGCCCAGUAACGAUGAUUCUGAGUCUCAAGGCCAAAGCGACACGUUAAGGAGGCCGUGGGAGAAGUCUGCAACCAUCCCCAGGAAUAACUCUGUUACCCGAGGUCUGGAUUCACCCGCCUUCACUGCUCUGACACCCAGGCUGAAAGCACCUGGCUCAUCAAAUGACGCUGAGAGUGGAGAUGAGUCUGAACUAGAGAGAGUCAAACAGGAACUGCUGGAGGAAGUGAGGAAAGAGCUGCAGAAAGUCAAGGAUGAAAUCAUUGGAGCAAUCAUUCAGGAGUUACAGAGGAGAAGCACAUAGUCUCUCUCUUUCAUGCACACACACACACACACACACACACACACACACACACACACACACACACAAGCACACAUACACACACAAAUGCAAAUAUAUGCAGGGACUUAAUCCAUUCAGCUUGAUUUUGAUUUUCAUUUUAAAUCAUUCAGCCUUUAUUUUAUUUUCCCCAUCAUCAUCAUCCCCAUCAUCAUCAAUAUUGUUCACUCAGAAAAGUUUACACCUCUUUUGGGUGUUAAUGAGAUGUGUAUGAAAUUAACACCAGUUACUGUAAAAGCUCAAUGAGCACACACACACACACACACACACACACACACACAUACACUCUCUCUCUCUCUCUCUCUCUCUCUCUCUCUCUCUCACUCAGCAACCACACCAGACUUGCACUUGUCUACAGACAGGAAGUGAAUGCAUGGCUCUUCAUUGCUCUAACCGGUCUGUGUUGCGCUACAUAUUAAGAGUACAGCCAAAUGCAAGACUGUGUGCUGCUCCUAAAGAGCACAGCUAAAGAUUAUGUCAUGUAAAUAGUAGUAGGCGUCUGUGCCAUAGUUCACUAGUGAACCGUAUUAUGGAACUAGCAAGCAAGCAGGCGAGUUAGCUUCAGUGGAGGUAUUUUUUCAAUUCAGGGCUCUGUCUCAAAUCGCGCACUAUGCACUAUAUUAUUACACUAUGUAGUACCUGGACUUUUAUCAGGCAGUAACACAACUCAAACACUAGUGCUUUUCACUAAACAUAAAUGACACUGCAUCAUGUGGCACCUCACAUUAUUAAGCUGUGCCAGAACACCUUCUGCCAGAACAAGUGCACGUUUUAAAUCCACCUCAACUCUUUUCUCCUCAUUUGUAUCUGUGGUGUAAUGGCAUUCUUGUUGGCCAUUAUGAAAAUUUCAAACCAUAAAGGCUUCUGCUGGCUCUAUCCCUUCUGCUGCUUAGAGCAGACUGCAACCACCAAGCAUUAAAAAGUAUCUGGUGUGCAGCACUUCAUUUCUGCUCAGUCCUAGCACACCAUCCAGGUAUUAAUAGUACACUACAUCUCACUGAUUUUCCAAGUGUGCACUAUGGAAGUACGCAUGCUGAGAUUUGAGAAACAACAUAGAUUUGCAUACUUCCUAGAAACAUUGAUUUUGUUUUUAACAUUAGCUGCCUGCUGGGAUAGAUAGAUAUUAUAUGUUAGUUAGCCAUGUAGCCAGCCUUGCAGGCCAGGCAUUUUACAUCAGUGUUUGAAGCAGAUACUCAAAUGAACAGAUUCCUGUAAGGAACUCAUGAUCUGACAUAGAGAUGGAUUCUCUGAUGAUCCUGACAGGUUCCUGGUGUUUCUAGCUGGACUUAUUUGUAUAAAAUUGAGAACUUUUGCGUCUGUACAGCCACGUAGUCUCUCAGGAUGGUGAUGUGAUUUAGUCUACAUUUACAUAUUUUCUUUCAGCAAACACUUCUAUCCAGAGCAGCUUAGAGUGAUGUGGUGUACACUAUGAGAUUGACAGCGAUACGUGUGCUCCAGACAAGACAGGGACACUGGUGUAGAGAACAGAAGCAGUACUGUAAACACAAUAGCUGGAGUACACAGGGUGUUACAUACGUUUGUCACACAGCAGUCAAGCUAGACAGUCAUCAAACCUGAUAAUACACACCAACAAUAAUAGAGUAUUGUAAGUCACUACCAGGUACACUGUUACACUAAUGAGCUGAUGGAUAGACACACAGACACACACACUCACACUCAGGGGGAUUUAAUUAUUGCAUUACAUAAAAUAAACACUCCUGAACACAAUCACACAGUCACUAUGCAACGCUUCAUUCAAACAUCACUGCAACACAUUCCAAUUUAACCACAUUUAAAUAAUCAAUUGGAGUUGAUUCCAAGUGUUAAAGGAGUUGAUUCCACACAAUCUUUUAGGCUGCGUGUCCUUGACAAUGAACUCAGUGAGCUUUUUUUGUUUAAUGCCUGAAUAAACUUAUGCUAAUAUUACCUAUACUUAAACGUGUACCUGACUCUUCUCAGCUUCUGUGGUUGGCCAGGUUCAAGGCAUUAGCAUUGGCAUCAUUUUAUCACAAAUUUGCCAUUUUUUCCUCCCUGUUUUCUCUACAGUGAAAUACUGCCAGACUGCUCAUGUAUUUGCCAAGAACAGAGGCAAUUGUCCAAUGUUAACAGUUGAAUAGCACAUGUUCUUGCACUAUGUCCUGUCUGAAUUUGAGCUGAAUCUUUUUAAUGUGUGGAAUUGACUCUAAAUCACUUUUGAGUCCCAAUGCCUAGAAUCAGGUAAUCAGCUCUUUUUGGGAUCAACUCCCAGCUCUGGGAAUGGAUAUAAAUAAUCAACUUGAUAGAAAUAACGGUAUUUCUGUUUAGACCAAAUUGCCUUUGAUACAAAUGUGUGUGCAACCAGAUAUGCAGUGUGAGUGUACAGAUCUAUACACACACAUACACACUGAUCUUUUGGUGGGCAGGGUUUGUGAUUAUUGACUUUCUUGUUAUUGGGUUUUUGUUUAUAAUGCUUUACUAUAUUUGAAACUUUUUUUACACUGAAACACACACACACACACACACACACACACACACACACACACUGGAGCAUUGCUUUUAUACCCAAAUACAGCUGCUGCUGCAUCAACAUGCCUCUG